GCGGCGCCCCCAGCCCAGGCGGAGUUCCAGGACAAGGUGCUCCACGGCGGGCCCUGCGAGCGCGAGUCGCACCCCUACCAGGCCGCCCUCUACGCCGCGGGCCAUCUGCUCUGCGGGGGAGUCCUCGUGCACCCCCAGUGGGUCCUCACCGCCGCCCACUGCAAAAAACCGAACCUGAGGGUCUACCUGGGGAAGCACAACCUGCAGCAGAGGGAGGACCACCAGGAGGAGGUGUCUGUGGCCAGGACCGUGCCGCACCCCGGCUACAACGCCGACACCCACGACCAGGACAUCAUGCUGCUGCGCCUGGCGCGCAGCGUCAGGCUCUCGGAGCACGUGCGGCCCCUGCCCCUGGACAGAGACUGCUCGGCCGGCCGCACCAGCUGCCACAUUCUAGGCUGGGGCAAGACAGCGGACGGCGGCUUCCCCAGCACCCUGCAGUGCGCCUACAUCCACCUGGUGCCCCGCGAGGAGUGUGAGCGCGCCUACCCCGGCCAGAUCACCCCCAGCAUGGUGUGCGCCGGGGACGAGAAGUCCGGGAAGGACUCCUGCCAGGGCGACUCUGGGGGCCCACUGGUGUGUGGCGACCGCCUCCGGGGCCUUGUGUCCUGGGGCAACAUCCCCUGUGGGUCCAAGGACAAGCCGGGCGUCUACACGGACGUCUGCAGGUACGGCGCCUGGAUCCAAAGAGUCAUCCAGAACUACUGACCCGAGCCGGACACCCCUCCUGAGCCACGGCCUCGGACGCUGGCCGCAAGCCACCUCCCACCCGGGACCCUGCCCCCCCC